UAUAGGCACACGUUCAUAUAGAUAUCUACAGGUCUGUCAAGUUAUCUUCCAUUCAGAUCACCAGUCCAUCUUAGACUAGACAAGCCUGAUAUUCUGGUUUCAUGUGGAUAGAUAGGGAGUUUAUAGAAACUUGUUUCAUUUCGCAUAAGAAUCUCGAGCUGAAGUCUUGUUUUCAUCCUGUUUUUGUUUUGGAAAACAAAACAGAAGGGGUAUGGAAAAGAUGGAACAAGGACUAAGAGCUGUUGUUCUGGGGUGGCAGAAAUCUGAUAAAGCCUCAGUGAUAAACAGCAUUUUAGGUGAUGAAGUUGAGUCUGACAAACAUUUUGUGAAGUCUGUGAGAAGAGAUGGUGAAGCGAAUGGAAGGAAGAUAACUCUGAUUAACACUCCAUGCUGGUGGCAGAUAUUUGGUUUGCAGGAUUCUCCAGAGGUCGUCAAACAGGAGCUGGUUUGCAGUGUCUUCAAGUGUCCACCGGGACCUCAUGUGUUUCUGCUGGUCAUUAACCUCAGUUUGCCUUUCACUGAAGAAAACAGACUCAGCAUUGAGAAGCACUUUAGUCUGUUUGGUGAGAGGAUCUGGAGACACACUAUAGUGCUCUUUACACGAGCCGAUUCACUGAAGGACAGAAACAUUGAGCAGCACAUAAAGAAUCAAGAUCUGCAGCAGAUCAUACAGAGAUGUGGACAAAGAUAUCACAUCUUUGAUUUCAAAAACAAAAGUGUUGGAGUCAAAGACCUGCUUGACAAGAUUGAUGAUGUUGUGGCAACCAACAGUGGCAAGCAUUUUGAAACACAUGAUGACAUGCUGCUGGAGAUAAAGAUAAAGAGAGAUGAAAACGAAGAUAAUGCAAAAGCCAGACAAAAAAUGUUGCAGGACAAAAGAAAACUGCUGAAUGAAUCAAAAGCUGUGGCUCCUCUCUCAGAAAUAAGGAUUGUACUGCUUGGUUGGAUCCUUUCUGGGAAGAGUUCAACCAUACACACUAUCUUUAAUGAUGUAAAGGUUGAAAAAGGAGACACAGAAAAGUGCCCAAUAUAUUCAAAUCAUGGCAGAAAAAUAACUGUGCUGGACACUCCAGGCUGCUGGAAGUAUUUCUCGCCUAAAUUCAACCCAAAGUUUCUGCAGGCUGCAAUCCUGGAGAGCAUCGGCCAAUCACAACAUAUGCAAUUCCCUCAUGCUAUAAUCUUGGUGAUUCCUGUUGAUACUGCAUUCAAGAAUGAACAGAAAUGUAUCAUUAAAGAGUAUAUGGCCAUUCUUGGAAAAGACGUGUGGAAACACACCAUAGUUCUGUUCACAUGGGGCGACAGGAUUCCAGAUGUUUCAAUCGAGCAGCACAUUGAGAGUGAAGGUGACGCCCUCCAGUGGCUGAUUGAGAAAUGCAGGAACAGAUAUCAUGUCUUUGACAACACAAACAAGAACAGAACUCAAGUCACAGAGCUGCUCCAGAAGAUCGAUGAGAUGGUGACAGAAAACAGUCUGUUCUGUCUCAAAAGUCAAUGUGCUGCAGAAGUGAAUGUCCACGAGACGGAUACACAACAAGACGAGGAAAGAAAUCUGAACACUGACCAGUUACUGAAACUGAUGUACCAGGAGAUGAAAAACAGGCGUAAAGAGAUCAAAAGGAAGCUAGGGAUGGACAAAGCCAAAAGUUUUGAUAGCAUGGAAGGCCCUCCAGAAUUGUCUGCCGAUGAGAAAAUCAUGGAGAAGAUAAGAAGAGAAGGAAGCAGAUGGGAAGCAAUUAUAAUGGAUAGCGUCUUGAACAUUCAGAAUCCUGAAGCAUCAUAUGAAAAUUUACUUGCAAAAAAUGUGUUGGGCUGGUUUCAAAAAUAUGAGGACUACAGCCAAUCUGAAACAUCAGGAUGUGAAACAAGCUCUGAAUUCUCUGACCUUCUGGAGACAUCUGAUUUCAGAGACAUCUGAUUUCAGAGACAACACACACGUCAAAACUUUAGUGUGAAAAUGAUGCAUGGCAGUAAAAAAAGAAAACUAUUUCUUACUCUGUUUAUUACUCUGCUUAAUUUUUUUUACAUAAACAUAUACACUGAAUAAACGUUUAUGCAUA